CCCUUUUCUCUCCUUUUGAGACUCAAAAUUGAAGUGUGUUUGCUUUCUUUGUUUUUGCUGUAUCAUAGAUUCUCUCACACCAUUUCUAAGUCAAAGAAGAAAGAGAAAAGAUAAAGAGAAAAAAAAUUAAUCACUAGGAAACAUAAGAAAUAAUUUAAAGGAAAAAGUUUGAUAUGAAAUGGGAAAUGAAAGAAAAGAAGGGCCACAGCUCAUAGGAGCAUAUAUUCCCUUACAACAUAUGUUUCCAGAUAUGGAGUGAGAAAACGACAUGGGACACCCAUAACAACUUCCCAAUUAUAUAUACUACUACAAUAGCUGCCUCAUUUUUCAGGCACAAAGCAACCUCUUUUAUCUAUGUUUCAAUUCAAAAUACACAAAUAUUGUACCUUGUAAAACAACAACAAAAGAUAGAAAAAAAAUGGCUCUUCAAAUGGCACAACAAAGUAAGGAUAUGAACUUAGUUUUGUCAAGUGAUGCCAAGCCUAGACUAAAGUGGACUCCUGAUCUCCACCAACGAUUCGUCGAUGCAGUUGCUCAACUAGGAGGUCCAGACAAGGCUACCCCAAAAUCAUUGAUGAGAGUGAUGAACAUUCAUGGGCUAACUUUAUAUCACCUCAAGAGUCAUUUGCAGAAAUAUCGUCUCGGGAAAAGUCAGGUGACUGGUCAAUCAUUUGAUGAAAACAAACAAGAAGACAGUGAUCAGUUAUCUCUCGGAGUUUGUGAUGGAUCUCAGAAUCAGAUGAAUGAGAGUUUGCAAAUAUCUCAAGCUUUACAAAUGCAAAUGGAAGUACAGAGGAAACUUCAUCAACAGAUUGAGGUGCAAAGACAUUUACAACUGAGGAUUGAAGCUCAAGGCAAGUAUUUACAGUCAGUACUAAAGAAAGCACAGGAAACACUGGCAGGAUAUGGUACUUCUACAGUUGGAGUUGAACUUGCUAAAGCUGAACUCUCUCAAUUAGUUUCAAUGGUUAACAUGGGCUGUUGUCCAAGUUCUUCAUUGUCAGCCAUAACAGAAAUUGAUGGUUCAAUCUCAAAAUACACAGAGACGAAAAAAUCUAAAGGCAGAAUCAUGUCUUCGCUUGAAAGUUCUUUAACAUCAUCUGAGAGCUCAGCAAGAAAAGAAGAUCAAAGUGAUACAACAUGGAACAAAAAUACUUCUAUUGGUCUCUCAUUAAAUCAAGAAGUUAGAGAAAAAAAGAGGAGCAGAAAAAACAUUUGUGUUGAACAACCAUCUGCUAAAAGAUUUUCGGAGAAAUUUGAUUUGAAAAAGUGCCCAAAUGAGUAUGAUGAAAAUGGUCCCAAGUUUAUAGACUUGAACUGCAAGGAAGUAGAACAAUUCAAUGACUAUAGUUAGUGUAUUUAGUAAGCUUAUACUUUUAUUAUUCCCCAUAAAGUUGUUGAUUCCUAUAGCUAGUAAUGUUGUUUAUAGAAAAGAAGUAUAUGUAUGUAUAUUGUUUUGUGAAUGGAACUGAAAGAACUUUUCAAAGUA